UAUCCACCUAGCUUAACUUUCUUGAUCUUAAUAAUGGAGAACUUUGUUUCCUUUGCUCUCUUUCUUUCUUUCCUCAUUUUAGUGUACAUACAAUGGAAGAAGCAAAGGCGAGGGAAAAUGCCGCCGGGCCCCAUGAAGCUUCCGAUCAUCGGAAACUUGCUCCACAUAACAGGUCCGGUGCUCCCCCACCGUGCCCUGAGAGAUUUGGCGAGAAAAUACGGCGGCCUGAUGAGCCUUCAAAUCGGAGAAAUUUCGGCGGUGGUGGUGUCGUCACCCGACAUGGCCAAAGAGUUCCUAAGAACUCACGACCUGGCUUUCGCGACCAGGGCGGAAACCCUGGCCGGAAGCAUACUUUUGUACAAUAACUCCGACAUCGUACUUGGGCCGUACGGGGAUUACUGGAGACAAAUGAGAAAAAUAUGCAUCACUGAGCUCCUCAACCCACGACUCGUUAAAUCCUUCAGCUCCAUCCGCCACGAUGAGAUCCACCGUCUAUUGGCCGACGUCCGUUCAUCUGCCGGCCGCCCCUUCAACGUCUCCGAGAGAAUCUUUUUAUUUACCAGCUCCAUUAUAUGUCGAGCCGCAUUCGGUGAGGUGUUCACGGGAAGAGAGCAGUUCAUUCAGCAAGCAAAGGAUAUAUCAGUGUUGACUGGCAGCUUUGAUUUUGCGGAUAUGUUUCCGUCCUGGAAGGCUCUUCAUCCCCUCUUCGGAAACAAGAGCGAGAUACUCAAAACUCAUCUUAAAACAGAUUCAAUCAUAGAAAACAUCAUUAAAGAUCACAGAAACAAAUUGGAAAGCGGUAGCGCUGAGGAUUGCAUCAUCGAUGUCCUCCUCAAACUCAUGGACAGCGGCAGCCUUCAAGUUCCCAUCACCCACGACAACAUCAAAGCCAUCAUCAUAGAUAUGUUUGGAGCUGGAAGUGAAACGUCAACGACAACGACGAUGUGGGCGAUGUCGGAAAUGAUGAAGAAUCCGAGGGUGUUGGCGAAGGCACAAGCGGAAGUGAGGGAAGUAUUCAAAGGGAAAGAGAUGCUGGAGGAGAGUGACGUGGAGCAACUGCCAUACCUGAAAACGGUGGUUAAAGAAACGCUGAGGUGUCAUCCUCCGACGCCAUUGAUAGCCACGAGGGAGUGCCGGGAAGAGACGGUGGUCAACGGCGGCUACACCAUACCGCUGAAAACCAAAGUGAUGGUCAACGCCUACGCCUUAGCCACGGACCCCCAGUACUGGGAGGAGCCGGAGAGGUUUAUACCCGAGAGAUUUGAGGACAAUUCGGUUGAUUUCAAUGGAAGUCAUUUUCAGUAUGUGCCUUUUGGAGCUGGUAGGAGAAUUUGUCCCGGGCUUGCGUUUGGUUUUGCCAAUACUGUUUCUCCUUUAGCGCAUUUGCUCUACAACUUUGACUGGAAACUGCCGGAGGGAGUUACAGAGGAGAGUUUGGACAUGACAGAAAUGCUUGGAUUGGCUGUGGCAAGGAAGAAUGAUCUUGUACUCAUUCCUUCCAUUCCAUCUCUUUCUUAGUUAUAUAUUUUCUAUUAGCUUAGCUUC